GGAAGAGAAAAGACCAGUUUUUUUUUUACUGCUGGAUGUUAUAAUAUGAAAUCAAGUAAAAAAUAAACUGAGACAUCAACAAAAAUGGCUUUCAGAAAACUUCCAAAUCGUAACGAUGUACUUCAGUGGUCUUCGGCUCAUUUGGCAGAUUACUUCAGAUUGCUGGACUGGAAAGACUGCGAAAAAGUUAUAAAAAAGAACAGUAUUAAUGGGCAGAGAUUUCUGAACAUGUCAGAAAAUGACAUUCAAAGAUUCCCCACACUACGUGUGCCGCAGAUUCAUCAGUUGUGUCAGGAGAUCAACAAAAGAGAAGAAAAAAAGAGCUUCUUCCCGAAGAGGAAUCAGAAUCCCGUAAUCCAGGAUUCUUCAGAUUAUAGACAAAAUGAUGACCUUGGAUGGGAUUCUGAUGAAUUUACAGAGGAUGAGGAUGACUACGAGGACCCAGAUCAAGAUCUGGGCUCUGACGAUGAUGCUGAUGGUGGAGAUUACGAAUCCCCAACUGAAGAUGGUGAGGGCCACAACAGUGACAAUGAUUAUGAACCCCCACCUUCAAAUGAUGAAGAAGCCCUUCAAACCAAAAUAUUCGCUGCAAAACCCAUCUCUGAUGAUUCAGAUUAUGCAGAUAAACGGACCACUCAAAAAUCAGGAAGCCACCCACCUGUUCCUCCUCAACGACCUGGGUCAGUGCCAAUAGUUCCAGCUGGCAACAAGGGCAAUAUGCCGUGCAUGUUCUCCAAUCUGUCAGUCAACGACGAUGCAGGUUUCAACAAGGAUCGAGGAUUCUCAGGACCUGGUUACAGAGCUCCCAAAGUCGAUAGAAGUAGGAAACCUGCUUUAGAUCAGCCAGUCAUCCAACAGAGUGAAAGAGAUUCCCCAUCAAUGGUAAAGAAAUCUCCAUUUCCCGAUAAGCAUCCCAUGGGACCACCCAGACCUCCAUUUAGCAGUAGACCUGACCCUGUCUGUAGGAUGCCAAAGCCAAUGAUACCGGGGGAGAGGGGUAAUGCCUCAUUGACACGGAGGCAGACAUCUCCAAGACCAGUUAUACCAGACAGAAAGCUUGAGGAUGAAGUUGAUGGAUUUUCUUCCAGAUCCAUUCCUCGACCAAUUGACUCUGCUCUGAAUUCCAACACCUUUCCAUAUAGAUCCUCCCGACCAGGACCGAAGCCUAAUUACUCAGGAGGGAAUCAAAUGCCACUAUCUAAUGCUGAAAGCCUUUCACCAAGUGCGUCCUUGCCACCACGGUUUCAACAAGAGGCCAAACAGUCUUUCUCAAGAGGCCCUAAUGAUGCCAGACCACCCCAGCCUCUACCAAUCAAUAAAGACCGAUCUGCACCAGCAGCACCACAAGAAGAGUGUCUUUCCAGAGAGUGGUACGCAGGUUGCAUCAGUCGAUCAGAAGCUGAAUCAGCUCUUCGGCAUAUUAAUGAGGAUGGGACAUUCUUAGUCAGAGACAGCUCACGGAGCAACAGUGAACACCCUUUUGUCCUGAUGGUACUGUACGGGGACAAGGUAUACAACAUUCAAAUCCGCUAUCAGGCAGACGUCGCUAUGUACCUGUUGGGAACUGGACUUAGAGGAAAGGAAAACUUCAGUUCAGUGACCGAACUUGUGGAGUACCAUACACAGGCGCCACUUAUGCUGAUUGAUGGCAAAGAUCAGCGAGGAGGACAGAGGAAACAGUGUACACUGAUAUAUCCUGCAGCUCCAUAGACACAGCUAUACAUCAGGCUGACUGUCAAUGCUCAAAGCAGCCAGUUGGAACUCUUAGAUCUUUUUAAACAAGAAACAAAAUGAAAGUGGAUCGUGUUCUCCCUCCACUGCAGAGAUGUUAAGUAUCUUCAAUUGCAUUUUCUGUAACUCUGUAUUUAGCUCAAUGUCACAAUGGAAGGGAGGAUUAUGAUUAGCCCUCAGAGAUAGGUACUGCCCUCACAUCCAAACAACUCCCAAAAUUACAACACCAAACACACUGUCCCAACACACCGUCCCAUCACAGUAUCCCAACACACCGUCCCAUCAGUGUCCCAACACAUCAUCCCAUCACACACUCCCAUCACAGUGUCCCAACACACCGUCCCAUCAUACCGUCCCAUCACACCGACCCAUCCCAUCACACCGUCCCAUCACAGUGUCCUAACACACCAUUCCAUCACACCGUCCUAUCACACAUUCCCAUCACACCGUCCCAUCACAGUGUCCCAUCACACGGUCCCAACACACCAUCCCAUCACACUGUCCCAUCACACACUCCCAUCACACCGUCCCAUCACACCGUCCCAUCACACACUCCCAUCACACCGUCCCAUCACACCGUCCCAUCACACACUCCCAUCACACCGUCCCAUCACAACAUCCCAUCACACACUCCCAUCACACCGUCCCAUCAGUGUCCCAACACACCGUUCCAUCACACUGUCCCAACACACCAUCCCAUCACACACUCCCAUCACACCAUCCUAUCCCACCGUCCCAUCCCAUCCCACCGUCCCAUUCCACCAUCCCAUCACACUGUCCCAUCACACCGUCCCAUCACACACUCCCAUCACACCAACCCAUAACAGUGUCCCAUCACAGCGUCCAAUCAAACCAACUGAUCAUGUCUAUCAAACUCUCCAACACACAAUUCCGUUCCCCUGCCUCACCAACUGCUCUCAUCAAUAGAUUUCCAUCCUUAAGAACCAAAAUAACUUCUGCAAUUCCCAAUCCAUUUGACCUACACCUAACAUAUUGGCUCAUUCUCCUUCUUUCAGCAUCACCUGCCACUGUGUAGCCCUUAGUCUUAUGAAUUACUCUGUGUGAGCAGAGAGACUCAUUCACACAUUUUGAAGAUGUGGGUAUGUACAGACUUCAGGGUUAUCCUAGUCUUUCAUGCAUCCCAUAAUACACGGUUAUGCACCCCUUGCUUCGUAAAGCAUGUCCUCCGGCUUGACUGAUUGUAAAUAUAACUGAGAAAAAAUACAAAAGUGGAUGAAAUCAGCUUGUUUCACCUAGGCUGUUGUGUAACAAAAUACAUCAUUUGUGAUUUGAACCUUGUACCAUGAAAUGUGUUUUAAAUUACUUAUAUGUAUUUGUGUUUAAAACAAGAAAAUUAACAAUAGAGUUUUGCUGCAAGUGAUAGUCUACAAUAAAAGUGAAAGAUGUUUUUGAAAGUGAAGAACUGUAGAUACUGGUUGUCUGAAUUAAAAGCAGAUCCUGUUAGAGGUACUGAUAAGGUCAAGUGUAUAAUUUAGUACAGUUGGGCUUUUGAAUCCCAUGCAAAAUCUAUCGCAAUGGCUAACAUUGUAGUUUAUAACCUCAAUAGUGUUUAUUUUUAGUUUGCCUACUGACAAGGUUUCCCAGUGCUGCUGAAUGCACGGGAUUAGUUUGCUGAUGAACAUGAAACUCAAUGGACUGUGAUGGAAAGUUGCAUUGAAAUGUUGAUGAUAUAGUAUAUAUUAGACCUGGGGCAGAACGCCACAAUGGAUUUGUCUCAUAAGAUUAUUUUUGUCAACAAAAUAAUUCUGAGAAUUAUAAUAAACAUCAAUUGCUUUGUUUCAACUUCAAUGUGUUGUACAAAAAUAGAUCUGAACUGAUAACCAUCAUUCUGUAGAUUAACUUUACAAGUAAUCUUUGAUGUGAUCAUGUUAAUAAUAGUGUUAAUUAGCAUGGAAACAGGCAUUUCAGCCCAUCUGAUUAAAAAUAGAACAAAAUAGACCUAUCCAUAUUGAUCCCAUCUGUCAAUACUUGGUGCUGAGCCUUCUAUGCCUAGGUGAUUCAAGUGUUCAUCUAAACAUUUCCUAAACGCUGUCAGUAUCUUUGCUUCCACUACUCCCUCUGACAGGGUAUUCCAUGUACACUCACAGGAAAAAUGUGGUCAAAGGCUCUAAAGGUAGGGCAGGGCAGGGUGACACUGGGAACAUAUUAAAAACACUUAAAAGUUGCAAAAUACAGGUCAUUGGACCUGUUGGGUCGGCCAAACUAUAAUCAUGGAGAGGGAAACUGUGUCAAUAAUCACAAACAGGUGACCAAGAACAGAAAUGGCCAUUUCUGAUGUAAACAGAGAGAACAAAUUACUUGAAACUCAUUGGAUACAGAGGGCUACAACAUAACCAGACAGAAGAUGAGCUUCUGUUUCAUAACCUUAUAAAAAUAGAUUGCAAUGGUUCAGGACAGAGUGGGAGCAGGAUGACAAGUUAAGGUGGCAGGCAAGAGUCAACCUUUGCAGACUGAAUGUCAGUACUCCAGAAAGUGGUUACCCAAUCAUAUUUUGAACGCUGAUUGCUAAACGAGUUUGGAAGAAGUGCAAGUGCCCUCCUAUUCCACUUGGAAGGACUAUUAGGAUCCCUGGAAGACAGGAAAAGAAGAGAUCAGUAAUGUGGAAGGGUCAUAAGAUUAGGGAAGUCAGUGAGGAUACAGGAAGGGGACAGUUACUUUGAAGUGCUGGAAUGGGAGGGGAAUAUGUGUUGGUUGAUGGAACCUCGUACAGAUUGGUGGGGUUCGCAAAGGACAACCUAUUGAAUGGAGGCACUGAUGAUGUGGAAGGUCAUGGAAACUCUAUCCUUCCCUUUCCAGAAGGAGAGAGGUUGAGAGCAGAAGUAUAGAGAACCAAGGAAUAUGGAAGGUUGGAUAAAGAGAAGACAGGAAGCAUGUGGCAGGUACAGAGAACCUGCCACAUGCAGAUUUGGGGCAAUUAUUAUGUGAGAUCCAUUAGUGUGGUUAUGUGCUUAAAAAGAAAAUAGGGAAGGCAAAGAGAAGUUAUGAAAUAUCACUAGAGGGCAGGAUGAUAAAUAUUUUAUAAAUAUUCCAAGGGCAAAAUUAAAAAGAAAGAAUAUGGCCUUAUUAAGAAGAGAGGAUAUGAAUACUUUUCAUUAGUAUUCAUAAAGGAAGCAUAUUUUAUUGUUGGAGAAUUCAGUAAAAACAUAGAUGAAUUCUAGCGCAAAACUCCAAAAAUAAAGAGGAUGUACACGCAAUCCACACAUAGAAUGUUUGCAUUGCAAGAAAACCAUUCGUUCCACAAUUUUCCAUAAAGAUAACUCUAUUUCCAAUUAAAUCUUGUAAUAUAAAUGCAAAUGCAGUCCUACAGGAUGUUUUCUGUCAAGAGUAAUGAUAGUACACAGCUGCUGGUGAACAGCAUGGGGCCACCUUGUAAGUUUCCAAAGCAAACCUCUUAUGCGGCCAGCAGCUGCAUUUGGAGACACAAGCAACUGCAGAUGCUAAUUACCUUCCAGACAUACAUUUUUAAAUGCAUAUCAAAUAUAGUUAGUAUAGUUUAAUGAUAUAACUCACAAUAAAUAACAAUGGUCAUUUAGGCUUGCAACGAGUACAUAAAUUUAUAGACUGGUGUUAGACAUCUUGUGAAUAAAUAGUAUGGAAAAUUCAUAAAAUAUCCACUUGACAGCACAGAGAAUUUACCAUGC